CGUCUGCCCCACCAGCUUAUUCUGACUCUUGACCCUAUGCGAUACCAUUUCCGUAUUUCUGACUCCUCCAUCGCGUCCUACCAAGGCUCGCCUCGCACAGAUCAUCCCACGUGAUAUCACUCUACAAUGACACACCACUACUUCAGCACCAGUCCCGCUACCAAACACCCAAACUCCACAUCAUAACGGCAUCAUGUCGUCCCCGAAGAACUACGCGUUGGAGAUCACUCCGCACGUAGAUGACAGCACCGUCCACCAUUCCAACCUCAUCAAAUUCACAGUGAAAAACCACACAGACUUCUGGGCUCGCCUAACCCCACCAUACCUCGUGCUAGCAGUGAGCUACUUGAUAUGGCAGUGCUGGAGAACACAAAGGGUGUGGGAUGGCCAGUGGUGGGCUUCAGGAGCUCUCUUCUCCGAAAGUCCCACCCACUACAUUGGGCCUCUCGUAGUGGUGAUAGUGGGCAUACUAGUGGUGAUGAGACAGACUCCCGAGGAUAGCGUGAUAGUCAUGAAGGACAUCGGGGUGCAAUUGGUCUCCAAGAAGAGCUGGAGGUUCCAGAACAACGUGGAGGUUUUCGUGCCUUUGAAGGAUAUCAUCGACUUGGUGAUCCAUGAAGCUUUCCACAACUACGGCCAGGUGAUCUUCUACUUGUGCGUAUUGACAAAGCCCAGCCAGACAGACUCCACCAAGUCCGAAAACAUCAUUAAAGUGGUUUUCCCCGAGUUUUUGCCCCGAAAGGACAUCUUAUUGCAGGUAUGGAAAUUGAGCAGGGGGUUGUUGUUUGGCGAGACCAAGAGGUACUUCCGCAGGGUUCCAGGACAGGGCUUGAAGGAGAUAUGAACUUCAGUAGUGCUGGGGACUCGCUGGAGUCGAUUCACUAAAAUGUGCACAUAGAGAACAUAGACUAUACAGUUGAGCUGUAUACCAAUACAUAAUUCAAGACAAAUAUCUGGGAGUUGUGGGUAGUUGAAAGUCGUAGAAUAGGGAAUAUACUAGAGCCAUGGUAGAAUGGAACAGCACAUACACCAGCCAUUGUUGAUAGAUCUAUUUUAUCUUCAGGAGAUUCGUUUGUUUCCUCAAAUAAUUUAUUCAAACUAGUAUUCAGGGAAAUCGUACCAGAUAUCAAGUACGACUCCCAAAAACUCGCCGGAACUACGUAUAUCAAAUAAAUUCUCUAUUGAACUGCCUACCCUAACAAAGAAGCCCACAGCGACCAUGCGCUAUUCACAGCAUGUAACAGGACCAUGCCUGAAAAUGGCUCCUUGAAUCAACAUUAUAGCAUAAAAUCCAUUUCAAGCCUAUGCGUUGUUCUCUGGACUGAAC